AUGGAUCGACCGGCAGAGGUCAAAAGUAUCUGGCAUGUCCAUAUCCUACAGCCUACUGAGAUGUAUAUAGGUAUUGAGCGCAAGAUUCGCGAGGCGUACCGGCAUUUGUGCCUAACGUAUACGAAUAAGCAGGACGAAAUUAUCUUGAUAGGCUUUUCCAGAGGGGCAUUCACAGUACGCUGUUUGGCUUCACUUGUCAAUGAUGUAGGGCUUAUUGAUGGACAAUGGGUAAAUAAGGAGCUCCCUGCAAUCUUCGAACUCUGGAAGAAACAGAAGCAAUUUGACCAAAAGGAUGCUCAAGGUGACCACGAUGACACUCCUUUAAAAGCCCAUAUUCGAGAGCUUGAGAAGAAAUAUGACAAAUCCAGGCGGGAGCGGGUCAGAAUGAAGCAGCGACGCAAGUUUCUUCGCGGCGGGAUCUCCAUCAAAGUCUGUGCCGUCUGGGACACUGUUAAGUCGUUGGGAUUCCCCUGGCCGAAACGAGUGCCGCACAAGGCGUCAAAGCAAUACGAGUCUGUGGACUAUAAACUUACGGCAAACAUCAAGAAUGCUUUUCAGGCUCUCAGUCUCGACGAACGACGUUGGCACUUUUCACCCGUCAUUUGGUCUAAAUCGGAUAAUGACCAGACUCUCAAGCAGUGCUGGUUUCUCGGAAGCCACAGUGAUAUUGGUGGUGGAUAUCGUAAUCCUGGCUUCGCAAACAUAUCUCUGUGCUGGAUGAUCUCGCAACUCAAGGAGUUCGUUCGCUUUAAUGAAAAGGCGAUCUGGCAUUCGACUGAUGACGGGAAAAUACUUGGAAUCAACGUAGCCAAAGAAAACAGAGAUCUAUUCUCUCCAGACCGUGGCAGGGCUAAGGGGACGACCAAUAGAGUCUGGCCAUUUCCAAGAGCAAGAUCAGGCCCCUCCAACGGAAAGGAUCGUUCUAGAAGUCGAGAAUCCUCCCGCCCCUUCUUGCAAUCACUGCCGUGGCGAAAGAACACUAAAGUCCAACAGUCCGCGGAGGAUCAACCAACGGCAGGCCUAAACCCUCCAUCUAUUUCUGUAUCAGAUGCUGCGUCUGAACAACAUGCUACCGAGGAGAUAGAAAUCGAAGAUAUCCUUUCGAUACCAUUAUAUCCGGACGAUGACAUUCCUGAUGAGACAUCCCUAAACCCCGAAGCAGAAGUAAAUAACAACACACAAAGCCCAGGCAGAGGGUCUCUGACUAUAUCUGACGCAGAUAGGUCAGAGAGAGACUCGUUGGCGAUAAAGUAUCUUCAUCGCCACACCGGCCAGGGGUUUUGGGUCUUUGGUGGCUCAAAGACUCGCGAGAUAGGAACUCAGCGUGCGACGUUAGAGACUGAGGAGGGAGGCCUUGGUAGUGAAGAAAGCAUCCAUAUGUCUGUCCGUGUCUUGACCGAGCUAUAUCCAUUGAGAGGACAUGAGAAAUGCAAAGCACUAGAGAACUUCGAAACGCGAAACGAAAACAACCGAGUUAUUUGGCGACGUAAGGGGACAAAUUCGAUCAGAGGGGAUAUUCCUGAAGACCUUGCUACUAAAUAUGAACAAAGCAUGUUACAUCGAUGGUUAGAUCAGGACUUUGAUGCUUGUGAAUCACUGGGUGGGCGAAAGGCCGCAGAUGCAAUUGCAGGGAUUGCCGAAGCAGAAGAGGAGGCGCAAGGUUCCCCUUGA